AUGCUAUUGGCGGCAGUUUGCGGUGCUGCUGGUCACCAGGCCCGCGAGUGCCCUAACCGUGGCGCCGCCAAGUGCUACAACUGUGGCAACGAGGGUCACAUGAGCCGUGACUGCCCUGAGGGCCCCAAGGACACCAAGUCCUGCUACCGCUGUGGCCAGGCUGGCCACAUCAGCCGUGACUGCCCCCAGGGAGGCAACGUCGGCGGCGGCGGCGGUCCCUCCAGCUCCGAGUGCUACAAGUGCGGUGAGGUCGGUCACGUUGCCCGCAACUGCCCCAAGUCUGGCGGUGGCUACGGCGGCGGCCAAGGCGGCUACGGCGGCGGCUACGGUGGUGGUGGCGGCUACGGCGGUGCCAGCCAGAAGACCUGCUACUCUUGCGGCGGCUACGGCCAUAUGUCUCGCGACUGCACCAACGGCUCCAAGUGCUACAACUGCGGCGAGAACGGCCACUUCUCCCGCGAUUGCCCUAAGGAGUCUUCCGGCGGCGAGAAGAUCUGCUACAAGUGCCAGCAGCCCGGCCAUGUUCAGUCCCAGUGCCCCAACAACUAA